UGGAGCAGAUGGGGGCAGUGAGGGGCGACGUGGUGCCAGGAUGUCUUUAAACACUACUCACGCAUCGAAUGGAAUUCUGCUCUUCACUGGCGAGCUAAUCCUGAUUUACUGCGACGAUGUGGAGGUAACGUUCGAAGGCCCAGAUGCCACGAAAUUCAGGGGAGCCAAGAAAGGACGCCUCUACCUCACCACGCACCGGGUGGUGUUCAUCAACAAGAACGUAUUAGACUUCCUACGGUCAUUCAGCUUCCCAUUCGUCAACAUGAGCAACCUGGGCCUAGAGCAGCCUAUCUUUGGAGCUAACUACAUUAGGGGAAAAGUCAGAGCCGAGGAGAAUGGGAACUGGACUGGCACGUGUUCAUUCAAGUUAAGGUUCAUGAAAGGUGGAUCCGUUGAAUUUGGCCGGGCGAUGAUGGCAGCAAGCAAGCUUGCAUCGCAACGGGGAGAUCAAGUUGCGGUACCGCCGGGUCAGCUGCCUAUGGGACCAUUCCAGCUGCUCGCCCCUGAUGUCUACACGCCCGCAGGAAAUGCCAACUACGGCUUCGCCCUCCCUUCCCAUCUGUUUCCACAAGCCCCGCCAGCGAACACAGUGUUCGCGUCCAACGUGCCUCCUCCGUAUCCUGGCGUUUACCCGCGCGAUCAGGCAAGUACAUCGUACGCUCCUCCUUCAGUCAUCGAGGAAUUUAAGCGCUCAGCAGAGCCCCCGCCACCGGGCAUCAAGGGUUCUGCGAGUCAUCCUGAGCAAAGUGGCAAGGAAGCAGAUGAAGCGCCCGGUGCGCAUGCCCCGGCACAAGGAUCCAAGGGCUCUUCGAGCAAGGAGUCACGAGACUGAUUCUACGAGUGCGAGCUACGUGACUCCACUUGUGCGCAAGUGAAAUUCGCAGGGACACUCUGCCACAGGCUUCAGAUACAGCAUUCGGAGGAUGGAAAAAUCAGCUUUUGUCAGACGUGUUUAACAUGCCUGAGCAUUUCAUGCAACUUUAAGGAAAGCCUAUACAUAAAUGUUCGCUGUGCCAAAAAAAAAAAAAAACACGCCAAGUCGCAAGUUAAUAAACCUGCAAAUUUGGUUUGUUCAUUUGCUAUAAAAUCCAACUCUAGAUACAUAAACAAGCAUUCUUGUGUUUUUC